UCUUGUCAAAUAUCUCAUAAACAAAAUACGGUCCCAUCCAUGCGGUCGUAUUUUUGAAGCGCUAGACUUUCUUUCCAGUUAAAAACCAACUGAAAAUAAUAAUAUUUCGGAAUAAAUUCUACACACAAAAAUUGACACGAAUGAAUCCGCAGGAGAACACCGAAAAGGAGCCUGGCCCUGGACCCGAACCGUCUUCGAUAAAGCUGAAGCUCAUGGCUGGGAAUGGUGGCCCGGACGUGGCCGCCACGGGCCACGGCGGCGGCAUCCAGACGCCGGUGGAGGGGAGCACAAGGCCAUUCAGCAUCGCCGGCGGUGGCUCUUCGAUCUCGUCGACCAUUAAUCAGAGCGUUCAGUCGAUGACGAUGACGAUGCCGAUGCCCACGUUGCGCUUCGUUCUGCGGCGUCCGGCAUCGCCCACCAUCAGCCCCAGCAGCAGCUGCUCCCCCUUGCCACGACAUGUGCGCUUCCACGAGAGUGUGGUCGACAACGAGAAAAUGAAUCGUCGCAAGUCCAAGUGCUGUUGCAUCUACCGCAAGCCGCAUCCCUUCGGCGAGAGCUCCUCCGACACGGACGACGAGUGCGAGCACUGUUUCGGGCAUCCCGAGGUCCGGGCGCGGAAUCGUCAAAAGAAGAAGAUGGCCGGCUGUGGUUGCGGCUGUUGUGGCGGACACUCUCCGCCGGCGGCUGUCGUCCCAGAGGAGUGCCCCGAGGCGCCAGAGCAGGAGGCUGUACCAGGAGAUUCGGCUGCUCCGAAGACCGAUGAUGAUCAGAGCGGAGAGGAAACCCUGUCUUAAUAAUCCUCCACCCCCCAAAAAAAACCCCGUUUCCAAUUCGACUUGUGUUCCAAUCGAGAAAAUAAAUUUAAAAUUAAACCCAAA